AUGAAGGUCUCAAUCUUGGCAUUGGCUUCUGCUCUGACCCUUGCCCAUGCCGAGACACCAAAAGAAGCUACUGGGGAGCUCAGCUCAUUGUUGUUCCUGGACCUGAAAUUGAUGUUCAGCAACAGCAGGUGGACACAAGGCAAUGGCGAUGUCGAAGACCAGAUCUCAGAGGAGGGAAAAGAGGAGAAUGACAAUAAUGGCGACAGUUAUGAUGCCGAUGAAUAUGACAAUAUCUUUGGGGAUUACAAUGAGGAUAGUGCGACAGCAAAGAAGCAACAACAACAACAACAACAACAAGGUCCUCAGAUACAGUUUGAAUCGUUGAUCCCCAGCAACGACCACACAACGAACAGCUCUAAACCCUUAACCAUCACCAGGAGAAGGCCACAUCAAUAUGGCAGGAAGUCGCAUCAGCAUACAUGA